AUGAUUAAGCCAAAGCAAAAGUUCUACGAGCGUCCAGGACUUUGGAAAAUUUUAUUGGCGGUUGCUCUCGGUUUUGCAUUUCUUGCUUUUCUUCUUGGAUGGAUUGGUUUUGGUGUUCCUGAUUGGCAAGCAUUUACACGUAAUAAUGGUACUACACAAGAAUUUUAUGGUCUUUGGGCAUAUUGUCAACAAGCACCUCCAUUUUAUAGCACUGUUUGUAAACAUUGGGGAACUGCUGCAACUCAAAUAUAUAAUGGUAGUCGACCAAAUUUUAUUAGUACUGCCGAUGGUCUUAUGACUACUGGUAUGAUACUUCUGUCUUUGGGUCUUAUCACUGGUAUAGUUGCUGCUAUUCUUCCACUAUUAUGUUAUGUGGCUGGUAUCUUAACAUUUCUUGGUUUUCUGAUGAUUAUUAUUGGUUUACCAAUAUUUGGUGAACAAUCAAAUUCUCUUUCUAAACUACAAGGUAUUACAAAUUACUAUAAGCGUUAUGGUUUUUGGCUUAUGGUUCCAACAAUUAUAUUUUCAUUUAUAGCUGCAAUUCUAUUUAUAAUUGCUGCAUUUUUAUACCAACGAUAUGGUUUCGGUAAUAUAGCAACACAUAGUUAUAGUCGGCGUCCCCAGGGUGGUCAGCAAAAUCUAGCACCACCGAAUAUGAUUCCUGGAAUACCGCCUUAUGGAGUGCGACCUGGAAUGAUGCCAUAUCCGUAUCCACCACCAGGUCCACUAGCACCAUCUUUACUUUCACAAUAUAUAGCUCAACGUAUGCCUCGAUAUUAUGGCCCGACUGUAGUACGACCUGUAGUUGUUUCUGCAUUUCCACAACCUUCUACUUCCGGAGCUGGUGGACAACCAGUUUAUGUAACACCAGCUUAUUAUAGACCUGCUGCGGUACGAUCAGCAUAUGCACCUACAGUGAAUCUCACUGGACGAGCAGUUUAUGCUCCGACUGUACGCGUUUCUUAA